GAGUUGGUGCACAUGAUGUUUGAUGACUCGCAGAUGUAAAAUAUAUACUUUGCUUUAGGCCCUACGUAGCUCUUGAUGCUGAAUGAGAACAGGCAAAAAUAGCGAACAAGGGCCAUCAGAGAUGUUUACUACAAAGCUAUUUCCAAUCUCCUUCACAUGAUUAUCUGCAUAAUGAUUGAUAUAAUAUUUAAGUGAGCUCUCUUCUGAAAAUAUUCCUUCAUUUUUCAUGGUGACUUUUUUAGAUCAUGAUGGAGACUCCACAUCUAUUGUUGGUUAUUUUAGCUUUCUUAUCAUCAAGCCUUCAAGUCAACUGUGAUGUACCAGAUGGCAAUUUGGGUCUUGAAGAGCUGUUCAGCAUGUGCGUGAAUGAAUCAAGAGUUGAGUUUUCAUGCAAGGAUCGUUGCGGUCCGUCGAUCCCAUACUCAAGAUGUUGUCAGUGUGACUCGGAGUGUCUUAGUUUAGGCGAUUGUUGUCUCGAUUACGAACACUUCUGCUUCCUUCCACCGAAUCAUCACCAUAGAGCGAGGUGGGUACCGCCAAUUCCUCCUGUACCUGACCCCUGGCAAUUCUCAUCGGUGAGUCACGACGAGGAAGGUGAUCAGACUCGAUUACCUGAUGACGAGUUUUUGACUGAUGAUUUCAUGGUCCCACCGAGCGUUAUCGGGUCGUACUAUCCAGAUUUUGACAUGGCUCUUAGGAGAUCCCAUAGGUCCGAGGCGAAAGCUUGUGUUCACGUGGGGUUUAACAGAUACUUCAGAUUGGAGAAAAGAUGCACGGAUCCGUCUUACAUUGGCAGCCAGCUGGAGGAGAUGUGCAAGAUGACGGAGGAUUGGGACUUCUUAUCGUCACUGCCUGUGGCAGUGACCAAUGAUACGCAUUACCGGAACAUCUACUGCGCCUUCUGCAGUGGAAAACAGUACAAAGACAUCUACCUGUGGAACAUAGCUUUCGACUGUGAGACCGAUAUAGGUGAUGCGCAUUUGCAUCGAGGGGAUUUGUUGAAUACAAUAGAUGUACUGAUGAAACUCUGUGAGUACGAUAUCGUCCCAACCUUGGCUCCAGGUACGCAACUACCUCGAUCUUGCAUGCAGUUCGACAACGAAUGCAUGCAACAUGGAGGAUCAACACAGAGCACUUGCCAUCAGUUAUGCGACACGUAUACAUACCCUAUACUUGUUAACGGAAAUUGGUACAAGAAUGUCCACUCUGCGUACUGUGGAGAUGAAUUCCUUGGAAAAUCGAUCAACAUAACCUGUUCCUUCGAAAAUGCAAUACCAGAUUACAACAUCAGACCACUGUCUCUCCCGCUGCUUUUCAUGUUUUCUGCCAAAGAUGGUGCCUUGUUGAAUAACAAAGGCCAGGAAUUGUCGACGACCCAUAAUUCGUUGUUUUGUGGCACCAAUGAGUGGUUCGAUCCAUUUCUCAGAGAAUGUAGGAUAAUUCACUGUCCUGGCAACUCCUUGGUCAUCGACGGGGUUUGUGUAAAUGAUGUUAAUAAAAGUAGUAGCUUUGAACAGUGCUCAACGAAUAACUCCUUCUGGAAACAGAAAUGGUCGCAACAAUCCAUCAAAAACAGAUCAAGAUCAGCGUUACUCAAAGUCCGUGCUGUUUCAGAUCACCAGUCAGCGUUGAACCUUAUAAUGGUAACGUUUCGUGUUACCCUGUCAAGCGAAAAACUGAAUGUUGAGAUACAAAGUUUGAAAUCGGUAUCUUCAUCAACAAGAAACUCGAGCCAUCAGAUCUACGAUGUUGCCUUCGAGCUUCAACCGACCGACGACACAUCGGACUAUACUAGUAUGCCUUCUGCGAUCCGAAGGGCGAUGCGUCUUCUGGUUUACGACAGCGAACUGACCAUGUCGGUACUCUCUAUCGAAUGGCAAACCUAUGAUUCCUUGGACAUCUAUUCCGAUGCCUGCAAGGAGUCUCAUGGGGAUCUGUUCCUUAUGGUGUUAUGGGCAAAAGACACCACCUACUAUAUGGAUGAUCAAUACGAUGAAUUGUUCCUAAACGUAAACAUGUUCGACCAGUUUAUACCGAGGAAACUAACCAUCUUCAGUCAGAACGACAAGGAGUGGUCCCGAUUCGAUUUUCAAUGUUGCAACAGCCCAUUACUCUGCAAGCAGAUAACCUUUAAUUCCUCGGAGUUUGACUGGGAAAACUCAGUCAACGGAAGUCUUCUGCAUAAAGCGAGUGGCAUAGUCAUUUCGCCUGAUGCAUUCUCAUUAGACGGGAAUAGAUUUGUUCGGGUUUGUAAGUCUAUAUUUGAUAAUGAAACAACUACGGGCAACCAAAUAAAAGACUACUCCCUCGACAGUCAGACAUACUUGACUCUUAUUGGUAAUGCCAUAUCCAUCAUCUCUCUUCUAGCGACCUUGGUCACUGUGUGUACCUUUGCGAAACUUCGAAAUCUACCUGGUAAAAUCAUAUCCUGUUUGAGUGUUUCGCUUUUGCUUGCGAACAUUCUUCUUUUGGUAAGUUUCCCGACAUCCUCUGAAUGGCUUUGCCUAUUAUUUGGUGUAUCCCUUCACUACGCGUGGUUAAGUGUGUUCUUUUGGGCGAACGUUCUGGCCGUAGACCUCACCCGGACAUUCCGAGUCAACUCUAAAAGAAUGGUCUUCAGGAUCAAAGGCAAUGUUCAGUUCAUUUUCUAUUCCAUGUACGCGUGGUUGUCCCCGGCAGUCAUUGUCACGAUAGGUCUCCUGGUCCAUUUCCUGAUAGGGCGAAAUAUCUACAGCAUCACCGGCACCUGUUGGCUCUUACCCGGUCAACCCAUCAUAUAUCUCUUUCUAACACCCUUCACAUUCUUCAUGGUGGUCAACACGGCGCUCUUUAUUGUGAUUAUGGUCAGUAUCAGUAAGACGAAGAACGAAAUGGACAACGUCGCCGAAUCAGCCAUCAACAUCCAGACAAGGGCACUCUCAUGGCUAGCUGUAAAGCUUUCUUUUACGUUGGGAAUAACGUGGACACUCGGACUGGUUGCUGCUCUCACUGACACCCCGAUUACCUGGUAUAUUUUCAACGUUGUCAACUCUUUCUCUGGCCUUGGUGUCUCAGUCUCCAUCAUGGGAAACGGCAAUGUUUGGAAACUGUGGCGAGCAAAAAUAAAAUGCUGCAGCCGUACGGACGUAGAAGGUGCCAAAGAAAGGAAAAGCGUAAAUCUUGAGAAGGCUGCGUCAGAAUGCAGGGUUAGCAGUGCCACCAGUGGGGAGCAGAAAACAAGUGGCAAGCAAAAAACAAUCCUGAAUAGUGAAAUCUGAACACAGCACACAUCUCCUGUCUGCAAUGAAGGACAUAAUAGAUGUUCAUGAUCCAUUUAAGACAUUUAAAAUUGUUGACCGCGAGCAAAUGCGUUAGUAUACUUCAGACAUACGACAACAGAAACAAUGCAGUAGGAGGGCUGAAAGACGCUGGAGGAAGUAUCGACAAUCAACUGAUCGGCAAAGUUUCAUCAAUGAGCGUAAUCUUCUCAGAAAAAUAAUGUCUUAUGCCAAGAAAUAUUACAUCAAGAAAAGGUUGACUAUUGCAAUGGUGAUCAGAGGCAAUUUUUUCGACUUGUAGAUAAUCUUCUUGGCAAAUCGAAAUCCACUGCAUUACCCUCGGAUGUAACAGAUAUCGAAAAGUUUUCGUGACUAAAAAAUCACAGAAUAAGCAAACCAAUAAUUGGACUGGCUUCCUCAACAAGGAUAUCUGAAACAGCUCCUGGGCAUCAAUGGACAGAAUUUCAGCUAGCGUCAAGUGCCGAAAUAGUAAAGAUCAUCUAAUCAUCACAAAGCAAAUAUUGUGCUCUCGAUCCAGUAUCUACGUAGAAUUGACUUUAAUCAAUAUUCAUCCUUGUCAUCAGCUACAGUUACAGAGUGCUUUAGGGUUGCACCUGUUUCUCCAAUCCUAAAGAAGAGCACCCUUGAUCCUGAUUGUCUAAUCAACUAUAGACCCAUCUCUCAGCUAUCAUUUGUCUCAAAGACUCGAGAAUAAGUCGUAGUUUACCGCCUCUGUAACUACUGUUACGAUACUGCAACAAAUAACAAUGAAAUUUUAGUUUUAAAUUUGAUUUCCUUUAUUUUAUUACAGGAAAUAGAUCAAUCAUACACUAAACAAAACAAAAAUAAUAAUCUUAAAUCUCUUGAAGUGUCAGUUCUGAUUAGUCCACAAAUGUAUAUUGCAAAUGAUAUAUAUAUCCAAGUUGGCUGGCAAAUGCUCCUUAAUUAAUGUCCACAAUGCUGGCAAUGAUGAAAUUGAUGUUGAAAACGAUGAAUCAUAAGAGUCACUGUAACGAGUUGAAAUGUCUGUGUAGACGAUGUUGAUGAUGAUUAACAGUCAAUUUCAGCAAUACAUGGGUUGGAAAACGUUCAUUAAAACAGGUUGAUGAUCUCGAUGAGAACUGAUAAUUCCUCUCUCAAAGUAACUGCAAACAAUUCAUUGAUGGCGUGCAAAUAAUUACACAGAAUGUUGUAUUCCAGUUGGAAAUAAACUAUGCUCUGACAUAAAGUCUGGUGUGAAACUCUGAGUUCUGAUCAGAUAUGAUGAAGAAACUACCAGCUUAUACAAAGAGUAAUCCUGAUUUCCAAAUCACUUAAUUCUCUUUCUCGUGUCUCAAAAUACUUAGUGAAAGCAUAUUUUAUAUCUUAUCUGUAUGAACUCGAGUCCUGAAGAAAAUACCGCUGUAACAUUAUGCGUUGCGACAUGUGACGUUAUGCGUUAGAAAUUUGCUACGACAUUAUGCGUUGCGACAUGUGACGUUAUGCGUUAGAAAAACUACGACAUUAUGCGUUGACUGCGACAUUAUGCGUCGGACGCUCCUGGCAUAAUGUCGCAAUCUGCGACACUAUGCGUUGUGCGACAUUAUGCGUUGGUGCGACAAUAUCGGUUGUAACAAGCCUCAGAACAUGAUUUCUGUGACAAGCUUUUCAAUUCUGGGUUUACUAAACAAAUUAUCACUGUUAGCAACAGAGCCUUCAACAUUAUCCCCAUUCAAAUCCUUGAAAAACUUUUUAGCAAACCAGACAUCAGUAAUCUCCUCUAUAUCAGCAGAAUCUGCAUCAUCCUUUUCAGCUCUUCGAGUCUAAAACCUAGUAACAACACAAUCCGGAAAAAUCCCUGGAAAAUCUUCCUGCUACAAUUCAGUUUCAGCUACCUCAACCGGCUUCUCCGAAACCACUAGAGAUGCAACAACUCUAUAUCCAGCCAAGUCGUUACCUAAAAAUAAAUCAACCCUUCCAUGGGUAAUUCCGGAACGACACCAACAGUCACAGGACCACUAACUAGGUCGCACCUUAAGUCGACCUUAUGCAAAAGAACCGACAUGAAAUUUUGGCCAAUACCUUGAAUUAAGACUUUGGCAUUCUCUGAACUCUCCGGAGGAAGAGCCAAAUCCCCUGGCACCAUCAGGGACUGUGCAGCCCCUGUAUCCCUUAGGAUCACCACUGACAUACCAGCAGCACCAGCAGAACAAGGGGAUACUUCACCAUCAUACAAAAAGCUUCUAAAGCUUUUAUCAACCUGUUUGACUCUACCAGCAAAAUACGAGAGAAAAACUCAAAAUCUUGAAUAGGCUCUGAUGGGACAAAUUCCAUCGAGGGAACACUUGUUGGCUUGGCAAAACCCAUGUCUUUCUUAUCUAUAACAUGAUUCUUUCAAAUGUCCCGAUUUGUGACAAUGCGUACAAAUUUUGGAACUACGACUCUCAGACCUUUUGGUUGAUUCUGUGCCCCCACUAGCCUGAUUCUUGUUAGUGUCUUUGUCCUGGCUAGCAUAUUUUCCCUCACCAUGUUUAUUGUGGGAUUCAAAUGACCCUUUACCUUUCUUCUUCCAAUAAUUCUUUAAAGGAGGCCUGUCUCCACUACCUUUAUGUGUGACCUCAAAUUCAUCAGCUACUAUGGCUGCUUUACUGACUUCAGUAACUCUAUGGUCAUCUAAGUGAGAUUUAAUGCCAAGAGGAAGACUCUUUUUGAAUUCUUCUAGGAGGACAACUUCCCUAAGGUGAACAAAAUCUUUGCCAACUUUUAGCAAUCUGUACCACUUAUCGAACAUCAUUUCUUAUUCCUUAGCCAAUAUAACAUACGUCUGGCCUGAUUGUCUUUGCAUGUUCCUAAAUCUAUGUCUGUACGCUUCUGGUAUCAACUCAUAUGCAUUGAGAAUUGUUUCUUUCACUGUAGCAUAGUCACAUGAUUGCAUUUCAGAGAGCGAAGGAUAGACUUUUGCAGCCUUUCCAACAAAAACACUUUGGGGGAGAAGAGUCCAGUAUUCCUCAGGCCAAUUCAGUCUCUUGGCCACUUUGUUAAAUGACACAAAAUAUGUAUCAACUCCCUCUUCAUCAAAUUUUGGCACACGGCGAAUGUUUUUCGCCACAUCAAAGCCUUGGGGAGAUUUAUCUUUAGCGGAGAUAGUAUUAGUAUUUGCAUGAGCUUACUCCAUUUCUUUCAACUUUAACUGGUACUCCAAUCUCAUUUUCUCCAUUUCAAUAUUUUCUCAGAUUCUUUCCUUUCAAGGUUCACUUUCUCCAUGUUUUCUUUGAUUUUCUCCUAUUCAAUGUUUUCUUUGAUUUUUUUCCUUCUCCAAUUCAAUGUUUGCCAGUUGGAUCUGAGCAUCAUCCGAAACAUUGGUUAUGUGCCAGCUUUGCGCUUACCAGCAAAAUGCUGUCCUGCCGAGUUCCUACGGGAGUUACCAUAAACAGAAACAUAAUUAUUAUUUUAUCGAUACAACACCCGGAAAAACACUGUCAUGAAUUUUAAAAAUACAUUUGCCUUCAAUGGGAAAACUGAGAUACAUCACAAUCAUCUAUAAAUAGAUUUACAUAGAGAGACACGUACUGCAUAGGCUGAUCCAGGGGGGCCGAGGGGCCCGGCCGCCCCCCCCCCCCCCCCCUAUUGGCGGAG